AUGAUGUGCUACGUGGGGAAGGCAACGAAGAUCUUCAUCUUCCUUGUGGCAGUGGUGGUAGUGACUGGUCUUGUCUUGGGAUUUGGGUUAUUCAAGCAUGCACUUCAUCACAAGACCCACAAAUGUACAGACGAAUCUUGUCAACAAUCCACCACCCCAGUAAUCUUCCCUCCACCGCCGCCGCAGCCACAUGGUGAUAAUCCUAGCCCAAACGGUCCCAAUCCCAUAUCUCCACCACCUAGGGAUAGUCCUAGCGAAAAUGUUCCUAAUCCAUCUGUAUCUCCUCCUCCUCCUCUUUCACUGCCUCCACCACCGCCGCCAGCAGAGUCUUUGCCUCCGCCUCCGCCGCCGCCGCCAUCAGUGGUGCCGCCACCAGCAGUCAGUCCUCCUAGCCCAGUGUCCCCGGGUCCUGAUGUGACAUUUCACUUCAAAUGCUAUGAUUCAAAUCUCCGCCUUCGCAUAUUGAAAAAGAAUUUUGCACUUAACUCUGCCAUAAACCAGUUCAGCCUUGAACCGGUUUCGAUUUCAUUUAAACCCGUCCGAUUUGACCAUGUUAUUGAGUGA